AUGUCGGGCAAUUUAAGUGAGAACCCGUUCGGUGAGACUAGUUUCGGGUACUUAGUCUUUUACAUGUCUGUGUUCUUUUUCGUAACUUUGAUAACUGUAGGAGGAAACUGUAUUAUCAUAGUUACCGUGCUUCGCCAUCGAGACCUUCAGCAGCCAUGUAACUACAUGAUAGCCAGUCUUGCCGCAUCAGAUCUGAUUUUUGGAUUGAUCUACCCUAUCUACAACAUUGGACAUAUCUGUGACAAUUCAGUCUCACGUUUCCUUGAAUUCCGAGCUGGCGUGUGUGAGGGGCUGAUCACCGCCAUACAAUGGAUAGAGAUGAACUCGGCCUACCAUCUUGUAGCCAUUACUGUCAAUCGUUAUAUUGCCAUCGUCAGACCUCUCAAGUACCACGUGUACCUGAACAGUCGUAGAGUCAUUGUCACUCUCUGUGCUAUAUGGUUGACCACUCUGGCUACGUCAACGGCGAUCUACUCCCCAGGAGACUAUGUAGGACAGGACAAGGCAAAGGCGUGUAGGUACGAGUUAGUGUUCACGGAGACACAGAGCAUAGUGAUGGCCGUCUUGUCUGGUGUCAUCCCACUCAGCGUCAUGGUCGUCCUCUACACCAUUAUUGCGCGCAUCGCAAGAAAGCACAUUCGAGACAUAGCGGCGAGCUGUGGAUCCGACUCUCUGAGGCUCGGUAAACAACACGUACUCCGUCGGGAGAUGAGGUCCACACUGACAGUCAGUCUAUUGGUGGGGUAUUUCGCCUUCGCCUGGCUUCCACACUGUUUUUACCUUAUAUAUAGCAUUACCUGUCAGUGUCAUAUCAGCCCUUACAUCAGACUUUCGUCACGGAUUCUGGUAUACACAAACAACGCCAUCAAUAUUUUCAUCUAUGCCGGGCGUAUCCAUCUAUUCCGGAAGUUCGCAGUGAAGGACAUCAAACAAUUGUGUUCUCACUGUUUCAAGAUACAGUGAGAUGUUUUAGCCGAAGUGUUUACUAGUUUAAAGAAUGAUGAUAUGGGAGAUUUGAGCCAAAGAAUGAUAAUGUAUAGCAUCCUGAUACUCCAACACUUGGAAAUCAAUCAAAGGAUAUUGCCAUCACUGUACAGGAUACUAGCAAAGCAUCAGUGUUCUUCCUGUCCUGCAGUACUGAAUCUUUGUAUCACCUCAUUUAAUGAGACCAACAUGUAGACUAUGACAACUGAUGGGCGUUCUUUUUAGUUACUCAGUAUAUAGGGGGAUUUUUAUUGUAAUCAGGCCAGCUUAGAUAAACAUGUAAUUACAGAAUUUAUAAGUUUAUAAUACAGUAAAGACUAGUUCGUUUAUAUGAAUAUAUAUAUGCAUUAUAAUUGCAAGAAAAUGCCUCCUUAAUAAUCUUUAAUAUGAUAUUGAAGAAUGUUGAAAUGUUUCUGUAUUUGAAUAAAUUGAUUUUAACCAAGGUACGAUAAAUUGUAUUGUUUCUAAAAUAACCAAACAACUCAGCUGUUCCAAUUCACAGAGUGCUGAAACACUGAAGAUGUUCACU